AUGCAUCCCUACCGGUACAUGGUUCAACUGCCGUCGAUCGAUUCCAUCAAUCCCAGCAAGACGGCAACAAUGACGGAUCAACUCUCUUCCGCCACCAAUGGAAGCGUCCUCCUCUCAUCAGGGCUCUCCUCUCACGUAAUGGCCAAGCAAGUGAUCGGCUUCUUGGAACUCAAAGACAUCCUCAACUGUCUGGCCGUGGAGGGCCUCAAGACUCAUUUUCAUUUGGAGAAGUACUACUGCGAGGAACACGGCAGCAAGCUGGAAUCCCAGGUAGAACGCCGUCAAGAACACAUCGAAGAACAAGACGUGGAAGACAAAGACAAUGACAAUCGCGGCGUCACCAAAAAUGAUGCCGACAAGGGCGCUGUAGAAUGCGAAGACUGUGUGGAGAGAGAGUUUGGUUACGACCGCUGCCCUGAGUGCAAUACCUUUGCCCAUGAAGAGGAAAUCGAUUGCUGCAACAGUUGUAAGGGAAAAUGCUGUCACUACUGCGAUAAGUUGGAAAUGGGCUUCUGUGAGGGAUGUAACUCGAAUUACUGCCGAGUGAAAUUUUGCCCCUUGGUGGAGUAUUGUGAUGGGUGUGACAGUUGUUGGAUGCCUACCGCUGCAAAACCUGUUCAGAAACGUUUUGUCGCCAAUGCAAGAAGUCGUUUUGGUGUGGUGCUUGCAAGGAACGCCACUGCUGGGAGCAUUAUGGGGAUCCUUAUCAAUGUGACGAGUGUGACAAGACUAUCUGCGCAAAAACGAAGCUGUUUCAAUGCGCUGAAUGUGAAACAGUCACCUGCGUAG